CGCCACCUUACGGCUUGGGAUACGAGAACAGAAUGGGAUAAAUAGUAGCUGUACGGCGACUCUCGACCAAGACUACUAAUGAUCAGGAGCAGGAGCAGGAGCAGGAUCAUCUUGAUGAACAUCUUACGAACCCUUACUUCGACGAUGAAGUCCCUGCAGGAAAACUGCCUUCAUGGCUCGACCACUUCAACGCCCGCGAUCUCCAGACGCUGUUCAAGUGUUCACUCGCCGUCUGGAUUAUGACUGUCCUGAUCCUCAUCAAUCUGACUCUCCGUGUCCUCGGCUCGGCGGCGUUCUAUCGUCCUUUUCUUCGCCCCCCCCCCGCAGGCAGUCUCUUCGUUCAGGUGAUAGCGGCUCUCUCCGUGCUGGUCGGUCUGUCACUUGGAUGGGCCUGGGGUCUCGUCGCUAUGAAGGCCGCCCUGGCGACGCGGCCGUCGGCCAAUCUCGAUGCACGGUAUGUCCUGCUGUACGAAAAUGCAAAGGCUCAGAAUGUCACCGAUCUGGAUGAGUACGUCGAGAUUCAGAUCUUCAAUGGUUUCAUGCUCGAUACGCGAGUCACCGUGACCUAUUUUUGCAUGGUGGGGGUGUUCAUCUACCUGGUUGCCCGCCUGCGCAUCGCCGUCCCGAAGCUGACGCCUGUUCAAAUGUUUGCCUGCAUCGUCUCGAUUGUCUUCGUUGCCGAUGCUCCGCUCAUCCCAACCUUCGACGGAACCCUUGCGAAAAGUCUUAUAGUUCCCUAUGCGAUCGCCACGGGUGUAGGUGUCGUCUGCAGCAUCGUGGUUUUCCCCGUCUCCUCAUCCACCCUGCUCCUCGACGGGAUCAAGGCUCUGCUCGGUUCUAUGCCCGUCUUUCUCGAUGCCUGCCUGUUUGCCUUGAGGCAUCCGGGCCGUACCAUGAAAACCGACGGGCUCAUGUCCACCCGCCUGAAGAUUGUCACAGCCUAUAAGGCCCUGGUUCGCAUGUGGUGGCAGUUGUUUGUGCCGCCCGCGCUGAUGAUGGUGGGGGAUCAUGAUGGCCGCGACGAUGUACCUGGCGUCGGGUACGCCGUCUUCUGGCGCCGUCUGGUGCUGGUCAUCGUGGGGUUCAGCGCCGCCGUCUUCGUCCACUUCCUGCCCCGCCCGCCGUCAGCCAACACGCAAUACCGACACAUCCUUGCUGACAGCCUGGCCAGUGUACGUGACCGUGUGGCUCUGCUGGCCUCCUCUCACGCCGCGGCAGCCGACGAGCGGAGACGACUGCCACCGGCGGACCUGCGGCAAGUGGCCGAACAGGAGGCCCUGCUCACGGGCGACGCUCUGCCCUCCAUCUUAGAACCCAUCAAGCUGACGCGUCUGGAAUUCUCGGCCGACACCCUGGAUGCCGUCUGCCAUCUCUGCAUGCUGCUCAACCACCACGUGUCGCAGCUUCUACUGUUCGCCGCCUCGUUUCCCGUCGAAGAGAGGGCCCGCAUCUUCCCCGCUCAGGUGCUGAAGAGCAGCGACCCGCUGCCGGCCCUGCUGCCGACGCCGCUGCUCUCGAGAUCGAUCGCCUUUGCCCGGAUGGCGCUGAGCAACUCUCAGCAGGGUCUGUUGCACCGCGAGAACCAGGGCAGCGACCGACUACGCCACUAUGUUGUCGUGCUGGAUGCGUGGGUGCAAGUCCUCGGCGGGACGGAUGAGCUGGUUCUCGCUCUCAAGCGGGCGAUUGGCGAGGCGGCGCAUGUUAUAUAG